AUUUCAUCUUUUUUUUCUCUCUCUCUCUAUUUUAGUUUUGAAGCUCAAUUCUAGGUACUUAAAAGCUAGUAGGCUACUUUUCUCGAGGAAAUGGAGGAAAUGGCUCCCAUAUCAUCUAAAGCAGCCCCUAAGAUGAGCUUGAAGCUUCUAAUCAACAAAAAGGACAAUAAAGUUGUCUUUGCUGAAGCUGAAUAUUCUUUCAUAGAUUUCCUAUUCAACCUCCUGACUUUGCCCAUUGGCACCAUCGUGAGUUUCCUCCCAAAAGAAAAUUGCCUAAGAAACCUGCAUGAAAGUAUCAACAAACUGGAAGAAGCUUACUUGCUGCCUAACCAGAGCAAUGACUCGCCCCUAAAACUGAAUACACCAGUCGAUGCUAUUCUUCCUUUCUUUGAUCUUCCUUUAUCAUGGAGUGAUAGACAUGUGAAGGACGACUUGGUUACGUACAUGGUGGCUAAUGACUUGUCGGUUACACCCAUGUCUAUGACAUCAACCAUGGCUCUGUUUAAAAAGUACAACAUAAGCGAAGUUGGUGUUCUUGAGGAAAAGGUGGUUGCCAUUGGCCUUGAAGAGGCUUUGCUCUUGUUGCAUUGUGCUUUGCAUUCCAAGGAAGCUCUCACUAAGGUCUUCCUUUAGAUGAUUUAGUUUGUUCUCUUCCCUUACAAUCUAUAAAUUUGGUUGUUUGAGGGCUAAACCAUUCGAGUAUGCAAACUCUCUUUGUUCUUGCAUUUGUAAAAAUCAUAAAGCUCUAAAUCCCUAAAUAAUGUUUAUGCUUAAUUAUCUUUAUAUAAUGUAAUCUC